AACAACAAAGUUUUUAAAAUAUACGGCAGUACACUUUCGACAUGAAGUUUUUCUUGUUUGUUUUGUUUAUCUUGGGACAAACUCUAACAUCUGCGAAUCAUCAAGAACUUCCUCGCGGCCAUGGAAAAGAACUUGGAAAACACAGAGAAAGCGAUGGGCAUGUGGAGAUUUUACAUCAACUUCCAUCAGGGGGGGAGUUUUGGGAUCAAUACGCAAGUCUGCGAAAACCCGUUGUUUUUCGCGGGGCCGCCAAAAAAUUUCCUGCCUUCCACUUAUGGACCGAUCAAUAUUUAAAAGAAAAUUAUGGAGAGCUAGAAGUUAAACUGGAGGCUAAACGCGAGAAAGAUCAUGUUCCCGUUGGAGAAAGAGGUCUUGGUCGUGACACGAUUCGAAGUUUUCUGGGGGGGUAUAAACUGAAAGAUACCUAUACUGUGUCUCAACUGCCAGACCCGUGGGGGGGAGAAGUCUUUGUGUUACCCUCCCUAAUGUGUGGUUCUUUCAGUGAGAGAAUUUUAGAAGCGAAUCUUUGGUUGAGUUCAGGCGGAACUCGCAGUAUGUUGGGGGGGGAUGCAGACAAUGCCAUUAAUUGCUUACUGAAUGGCACCAAGGAUUGGGGGGGCAUUCAUCCAGAGAACGAACCAAACAUACCAGUCGCUGAUGGGGACAGAGGCUAUGGAGGCUUUGCCACAUUGGAUGUUCAAAGUGUGAAUCUUAUCAAGGGGGGGGAAUUCAAACAAGUGAGAUGGAAAUAUGCCAAUAUGACACCAGGGGAUUGCUUGUUCUUGCCUUACAGUUACUGGCAUCAAGUACGAUCAUAUGGUUCAAAGAGGGGGGGUGUUUCAGUUCUGUUCUCACGCUUGACAGAGUUUGACCCAUUUGGAUGUGAGAAUGCCAAGCUAGAAUACACUCCCCUUUCUGAUGUGAAUAUGGUAUGGACCUACCCAGGACAUGGGCCACAAACAAUGGGGAACUUAGAUCCAUUUGAAAGGGGGGGUGUAUUAAUUAGUAGCAAUAAACUAAGUAAUAGCAGUGGUGGCCAGGGGGGGGUGGACACCAUCAUGUUGUUUGUUAGAGAUCAUUAUAUCAGUCUUGUGGAAAGUAGCAAGAGAAAGAGACUGAACUUAGAGGACAUUUUUCAACUUCUCACUGAAGGUGAAGUUAUGGAAGAGCAUGAAGAUGUUAGAAGAAACAUUUCUGAAAAAGUUCUUAGAAUAAUGGAUGCUGGCAACAAAGGUUAUGUAACCAAACAAGACAUCGAGGCCCUAACUGUAGAACAAGUGAAACAAAUAGCAAAUGAGGUUGAUCCAGACCCUGCAAACACUGAGGAAUAUGAAUUUGCUAUUUUUGAUCUGAAUGAAGUCAAGUCUGUUUUUGACCAAGCUUUGCAUGAUGGACGUGGAAAACUGACUGUGGACAACUUAAUAGCACGUUACGAGGAUUUCGGUGGCUCUGCUAAAGUGGCGAGGGAACUUUACGACAUGCUUCAGCCUAAAAAUGCCGAUUUUGUGUCGAAAGAAGAAUUGAGGGAGCGUCUUGAUCAUGUCUUGAAGCUCUAUUUGAAAAAGAAAGAUGACGAUAAAUCAGGAAUUUUCUAUGAAAAAGAGUUGGCUGAAGAUAAAGAGAUCAUGCGACAAACGCUACCAUCAGAUAGCUUGGAUUCCAUACACAGAGAAUCUCCACACUCUGAAUUGUGAUUCUCGAAAAAAGAACUUCUUG